AUGGAGUUGUGUGGCCCCAGUAUGAAGGACAACGGAGGCUCUCUGUGCCAGGUGGAGCAGCUGCCCUACUCCUGUGUCCCCCUGCCCGACCCAGGCAGUGCUGGGUGCCGUAUACAGGCCAAUGGACACCUCCACAACCACCACCUCAACCAUCAGCUCCAGUCCUUGGUGAGCCGACCAGCCCCCGACCUAACCUCGACCCCAACUCCAGCCACCCGACACAGGGCCAACGGAGCAGUGGGUGCCCGGUGCAGAAGCCCAGAGUGUGCAGCCUCCUGCCUGGAUGAAGUGACUGAUCAGGCCUUGAGAGGGGCAGGGACGGGGGCAGGCAGGGUGCUGGUGACCGGGGGAGCAGGGUAUUUCGGGUUGAGGCUGGGGAGUGCUCUGGCCAGCCAGGGAGUGUCUGUGGUGCUGCUGGACCUUCACAAGCCACCGUGGGAUACUCCAGACGGCACUGUCUUCCAUCAGAGCGACAUCCGGGACUAUGAUUCUCUGUAUAAGAUCUGUGAGGGGGUCGACUGUAUAUUCCACACCGCUUCCUAUGGGAUGUCAGGCCCAGAGCAGCUGAGGAAAGAGCAGGUGGAGUCGGUCAACGUCGGAGGGACGAAUAACGUCAUUAAUGUGUGUGUGGAGAAGGGUAUCACCAGGCUGGUCUACACCAGUACGAUCAACGUGACGUUUGCUGGCAAACCCAUAGAGGAGGGCGACGAGGACUCAUUGCCCUGUGUGCCCCUGGACAUGCACAUAGACCACUACUCCAGGACCAAAUCUAUCUCUGACCAGAUGGUCCUAACAGCCAAUGGACGCUCACUCAAAGGUGGGGGUCUCUUGCGGACCUGUGUCCUGAGACCCUCAGGCAUCUACGGGCCAGAGGAGAGACGACACCUACACAGGGUUAUGGUGAAUGUGGAGCGGCGGUUGUUCAGUUUCAGCUUUGGGAACCGCCAGGCCAAGAUGAACUGGGUCCAUGUGGACAACCUGGUGUUGGCCCACGUACUGGCUGCCGAAAGCCUCACACCCAAGAGGAACUGUGUGGCUAGUGGACAGGCCUACUUCAUCAAUGACGGGGAAUCUGUCAACCUGUUUGAAUGGUUAACACCACUGUUUGAGAAGCUGGGGUACAGCCGACCGUUGAUACACCUGCCUGUCUCACUGGUCUAUACAGCAGCCAUUCUGAUGGAAUGUUUACACCUGGCUCUGAGGCCAAUAGUGGAGAUCCCUCUGCUCUUCACCAGAAAUGAGGUGAGGAACAUUGCAGUGAGCCACACCUUCAAGAUCGAGAAGGCCCGUCGAGACCUGGGCUACUGCCCCAGACGCUACAGCCUGGGGGAUUCAGUGGACCAGUACAUACGGUCCCGACCAUCCCGCUCCAGGCCCUCCCUCCUAGGCCCCUCUCGGACUGUUCCCCUGCUCCUGGUCCUUCUGCUGGUUUUGGGGUUCAGCCUGGCUGUCCUCCUGCUUUGCUCCUGUCUCUGGGAACACUAGGCAGCUACUGUGGCUAAAACUCAAAUAACAGCCCACUAAGACCCAGCCUAAAUCUUAACACAGCUAAUACACUCACUAAUACGUUUGAUUUGUUAUCCGCCUUUCUGGACACCUAUGGUCUUGGCCUUACGCCAAGCUAAAAGCAAUGAUAGAAAGCAUGCAUAGUGCACAUCCUGAUACACAUAGAAGACCACAUUAAUAUACCACAUACGGUUGACCUAAUGCUAGCAACUCCGUCCUUCUAUAAUGUUUGUCAUGGUAUAUCAUGUUGUAGUACAGUUAACUAGGGCUGUAGAUGGAUGAUGAUAAAAUGUGUAGUAUGUAGAAUAUGUUGAAAUAAUAUGGUGCUUUGUUCAAACCCUAUUGCCUUCCAUAGGGUGGAGUGUAUCAUAUAUCUGGGUUUAUUUUCUUGAGAAAGAGGUUCUUAUAUUGAACCAGAGAAUCAUAAUGUGAAUACAGGACAGUGCUUUAAUAUGGUCAUAAACCUAUUGACCAUU